AUGGCAGAGCGGCAGUAUGCCGAGGCACUGAAGGCAAUUGAACAUGCGCAGAGUCUAGAGCGUGCAGGUCAAAUGGUCCAGUCCGUGUCAAUGUUUAAAAAAGGACUGUGUAUUCUUAAACGUCUAUCAGUUGUUGAAUCAGCAGCGCAGCGUCUACGAAUGCAGCCAAUGAUUAAUGACCUCGAGACGCGCAUUCAGAUGCUACAGCAGACAAGUGACUUUCUCUUGGCUCAAGCAAUGGAAUUACAUACAAUAGCCAAGCGAUUAGAAGAGGAAGUAGAACCUGCAAAAGUAGAUAUUGUGAUUGACAGGUAUAUUACCACAGCUGAAAGCUACAUGAAGGCACUAAAUGCAUUGCCAUCAAGUGAUAAAAGAGCUAAAGCAGCAGUAAAGGAACAACUGGAGUAUGUAAUUGACUAUAUAUCGAAACUUAAGAAUCAGAAUCAGAUCAGGAUACAAUAUCAUCAAGUCGACAAGACGACAUUGCAAUGGCCAGAACCACCACAUUUACAGCAAAAUAAAAAGACAGAUAUAGCACAAUUAUGUACGUCUAUUGAUACGACAUUUGGUUGUACACGACCGUUAUUAUCAAAAGAGGAGACGAAGCAGAAGCAGAAGGAGAAGGAGAAGGAGAAGGAAGAGAAAGUGAGGACAGCGUAUACACCACAGGAACUUGAUGUGUUGCGCAGGUCAUCGCAAAUCAAUGGACAUUUGUUUGUACCGUGGCUGAAUGAUUUAGAUGCACAGGACAAGUUUAGUUUGCCAGCACCUUAUAAUGAUCCUGAUGGGUAUCUGCCAUUAUCAGUAAAGCAGCAAAAAAAGGAUGUGAUCUGGAUGCGGCCGAGCGAGUAUGCUGUCAAGUGUGGCCAUGCUCCGGUGAUGAUAGCACAUGGAGGAGUCAACCCGUUGGUGGUGAAGCAGGAUAUUGUCACGGACUGUUCAUUCGUAGCGUCGCUUUGUAUUGCUGCAGCUUAUGAACAGAGAUUUCAGAAGCGGUUGAUCACAAACAUUAUUUUUCCAGCAGAUUUACAGACAAAGCAGCCAGUAUACAAUCCAUUUGGAAAAUACGUUGUCAAGUUGUGGGCUAACGGUGUACCUCGAAAGGUGGUGAUUGAUGAUUUUUUACCUGUCAAUGCAUCUUCAGGGCAACUUCUUUCAAGCUGUACAACGCACAAGAACGAACUUUGGGUGAGCCUUAUUGAAAAGGCUUACUUGAAACUGAACGGCGGGUAUGACUUUCCUGGCGGCAACUCUGGAAUUGACUUGUUUGCUCUUACAGGAUGGAUCCCGGAACGAGUUUCCAUUACUGAGCUUCUAGAUGCACCAAACAAAGAAGACAGACUCUGGGAACAAUUGAAGAGCGCGUUUCAUUACGGAGACUGCAUUAUUACAAUAUCCACAGGAGACGUUUCCAAGCAAGAGGCCAAAGCAAUUGGACUUGUGCCGAUGCAUGUUUAUGCUGUUCUCAAUGUGCUAAAAAAUCCCUGGCACAAGAUGAGUUGGAAAGGUCCCUUUUCGCGCCACGAUAAAACGCGAUGGAACAGUGCUAUUGGCGAGGAGUUGCGCGCAUACCAGCGACAGUAUUACGCAGCUGAGGAAAGUGAAACGGAGGAGCGACAAGAUGACGGAUUGUUUUGGAUUGACUUUGAGUCAGUAAAACGGUACUUCGAGAGCCUAUAUAUGAACUGGAACCCUGAGCUAUUUCCUUACAAAGGUGUGUGCCAUGAGCACUGGCCCGUGGAGCUUGGACCUGCGAACGAUUCGCUCACACUCGGGUUUAACCCACAGUACUCUCUGACAUUCAUCAAGAACGGGCUACUUGCAGAAGGAAUGACUGCGCCAUCUGGUUCUUGCACCGUGUGGGUUUUGCUGUCGCGGCAUAUGAGUACAAUUGACCGCAACGUAGAUUGCUCAAAUCAGCAGUUUCUUACGCUUCAUGUUUAUCGAGGUGAACCUGGAAAGCGCGUGUAUUACAAUCGUAAUGCAGUGUCGCGAGGAACGUAUAGCAACAAUCCACACACGCUCGUAAGCUUGGAUCUGGAUUUCGCACACGAGUCGGAGCUGUCCUUCACUCUCGUGGCUUCGCAGUACGAAAAGUUUGCAGCCAUAGACUACACUUUGUCCGUUUUUUCUACGCGGCCGUUCACGUGUGAGCCUAUUCCACAGUUGGUGACAACAGUACCUACGUCAAUCGUGAUCACCGGCGCUUGGGAUUCUGCCAGCGCUGGUGGUCGUCCGUAUUACUCAACAUUUAUGGAUAACCCUCAGGUUCAUUUGCAGUUACAGGGACAAUGUCGAUCUAUUUUUCUGUUCCUCACGACUGAUGCGUUUUAUUCCAAGGAUAGUACGGAUGUCAGCUUUCCUAUAAACUUACGUGCUGCAUUGCACGUACGUGAGCGUGUAUGUGAUUUACAUGCUGCAGAGUACACGCCAUCAGAGAACAAAGAGCUGUUAAAGGUACUGAGUUCUGGCGAGUAUCGGCCAGGUUUUUGUUUUAUCGAGAUUGAUGCCUCCCUUGCUACAGGCUUGCAUGACAUUGUGCUGAUUCCAUCUACUUUUGAGCAAGGCACUGCCGGUAACUACACGCUGAAAGUCGCAAGUGAUUCACCUUCGGGCGCGAGUAUCGUUUAUCGCCAACUACUUCCUGAAGGCCACGGUAUGGAGCUUACUCGGCUGCAUGGCAAGUGGGACAUUGGAACUGGUUCUGCGGCCGGCUGCUCCAAUUAUGGCUGCUAUACGUUUAAUCCAAAAUAUUUGGUACACGUGUCCCAGGAGUGCGAUAUGUUGGCGCGUUUGUUAGUACUGGAACCAGAAAUUGAUGGCUCACUAGGUGAGUCUCAAACAGAAGCCGCUACCAUUGUUCCAUCAAUUAACGUGUCCGUGUUCAAAAGCACGUCAGAAGGUCAUAUGUUACUUUCCACAAACCCGAAAGCAGCGUUUGCAGGUGCCACAUCCGCGUACGGCGUAUACGUCAGCGGUGCCCCUUGCGGUGUUUUGGCUAAAGCAUCUGAACGGUAUUCGCCAGGAUGGUACAUCGUACUUCCAUCAACUUAUGAGCCACAGGAAUUGCAUUAUGAACUUCGCUUGUACGCAUCUGCUCACGUUGACGUGCGCUGUCUCUAG